GUCUAGCUUCACAUCCAAAAAACACCAAGCAAACAUCUUUAAAGAAAAUUCACUAAGAACCAUUUUACAAACAACGAAAGAUAUGAAGCCCGUUAUGCUUCUUGUGGCUAUAACUACCGUUGCAGUCAUUCUUUCCACCGCUAGGGAAAAUCCUGGAGGGUGGCAAUCGAUUAAGAACUUAAACGACGAGCGCAUCAAGAUGGUCGCCGAGUAUGCAGUUUAUGUGCACAGCUAUCAGAAUAACUUCAAGCUUCCGCUGAGACUCGUAAGCAUCAGAAGCGGCGAGGUCCAGUUUGUGGAUGGUGUGAACUACAGGCUCAUGGUGACUGUAGUUCCGUUCGGUAGCCCCAACUCCGAGGGGAUUGUCUACCGAACGAAAGUUCAUGUGAGCCUUGAUCGUAGAGACGCGAGGCUGAAAUAUUUCACACCUAUAUACGAUGGAUUAAAUCAAUAUCGAUCCAUCUAUGUAAAACAAUUUAGUAGUCUUUAUUGAUUUUUAAGUUCUCCGUAUGUUAGUUUGAUUGAUAAUUAAGGAAUAACAUAAGCUUUUUGUUGGUCUAGUUAUGUGCUGAAAUGAUUAAUUAUGCCCUUUAAAGUUGGCAUGAUCAAUUUUUAAUUUCUACGGUUCUUUCCGCUAGAUAUGGUUGUAUUGCACCAAAACUCAUGAACAACCAAGGUCAACAUGUUAAGAGCCCUAGGUCCGAACGAUUCGAAUAUGAGAUUUUCAUGUUGGAAGCAUACAAUUAUAUAAAGUGUGCUAGAAAAAGUCAAUGUUCAAAAGCAAAACCUACUUAAUUAAUUAACAAGAUUCCA